AUGGCAUCUUCAUCUUUGCAACAAGAAAAAUGCAAUCAUGGUGAUGAUACUAGAAAUAUUGUGCUAAAAAAAGGAACAUGGUCAAAUGAAGAGGAUCAAUUAUUAAGAGAAUAUGUGAUCAAAUAUGGAGCUGGAAAGUGGGAUUCUGUACGAAAGAAAACAGAGCUUGCUCGAGAUGGAAAAAGUUGUCGUUUAAGAUGGUUAAAUCAUCUAAAUCCAAUUUUAAAAAAGUGUUCGUUCAAUGAAGAAGAAGGGAGAAAACUUAUUCAUCUCUAUAAUGAGUUAGGACCCAAAUGGUCUCAAAUGAUUUCACAGUUUCCUGGAAGAACCGAUAACGAGUUAAAGAAUUUUAUUAAUUCCAAAAAAAGGAGUUUAAAAAACUCUAGAAAGCACCUCAUUCCAGAAAACAUAAACCAUGUUGAUGAGUUGAAUAACAAUGUUGGAGAAAUUAGUAACCAACAAAAUAAUGUCUCCCAAGAAGAAGAAAUGGAAUUUGAUCAUCAAGAAGAUAUUCUACAUGGUAACUAUCUUCUUGAUCAAAUUUAUGAUGACAAAAAUAUCAAUAACUUUCAACAAUUUUCAACGUUGGCUGAUGAUUCAAGUAUGCUCUACAAUAAUGAGGAAAGUACUUGUUUCAACAAUCAUGUUGUCCCAACAUUGGAUGAUAGGUUUCCUAGACUCCCAGAAUGUUCAUACUUUCAAGAUAUGGAAGAUAUAGUUCCAUCAUUUUCAUCAAGUAAUAUGUUUUUUGAUCAAGAUCUUCCUCCAUAUAAUGUAGACAUGGAUUAUCAACUUCCACAAGAAAUGUUUUCUGACCAAUAUCUUCAAAAUCCAGAUCUAUCAUCUAAUAUGUUUUUUGAUCAAGAUCUUCCUCCAAUUCCACAAUAUUAUCCAUACAAUAUAGAUAUGGAUUAUCAACUUCCACAAGAAAUGCAUUCUGACCAAUAUCUUCAAAAUCCAAUUCUAUCAUAUGAGGAGCCUCAAUAUGAGAUCUUAGAACCUUGGUUGCUAUCUGAAUGUGUUCCUCUUUGGUGA